AUGCAAUUAAAUUGGAAAUUAAUUUAGUUCUAUUCAACAAGCUCUAUGAAUGUUACGAUUGGACUGCUUUUAUAUUUAUAUGAUGUUAGUUUAAUAUUAUCACUUGUACUAUUGAUUAUGAAUGGAAUAAUAUUACUUAUUAGUUUGCUGAUCAUUCAAAAAAGAAAAUUGAUUCCAAAGAAAUAUAUUAGAUGGUUUAUGAGUGUUACAUUAAGUGUUCAUAUAUCGUAUUGCUGUUUUUUAGAUAGAGAUUUAUCUCGAAUUGCUUAUAUAUUAUUGAAAACACAAGAAAUGACAAUGGUUAAAAAAUAAACAAAAACAAAAACCUUAAUAUUUCAUCUUCUUUAUAACAUUUUAUUUAUUGUUUUAUUCAUAAUUCAUAAAGAAAAUUUAAUUUUAUAUAUAAUCACUCUUUAUAGUACGAUAUAGAUGUUAAAAUUAAAAAGUUGUGUCUUUAUGGAACAAAAUCAAGAAUUAGAAUUGCCUUAAUAAAUAACAAAACCUACAUAGAGAAAUUCAGAGAUUAUCAAUUUAAUAUAAGAUUCAAUUAGUAAUUCAUGGUUAAUAAGAUUAUAAAACAUUCCAGUAGGGAUUAUGAUUGUAAAAAAAGAUAAUCUUUAAAUUAUGUUUUAAAAUCAAUCUCUACUGUAAAUGUUUAAUGGUAUAAGAGAUAUUCCUAAAUUUUUAAUGAAUGAAUUAUAAUUUAAACUAUAAAUAAAAAGAAAAAGGAAAUAGGUUAAAGAGACAAGUAUAAAAUUACCUUAACAAUCUCCAAAAUAAUAGAGUAAUGCUCCGUAAUUUUUUAGUUGUAACAAAAUGUUAAGUAAUUAAAAACUACCAAAUACAUUAAAUGAAAUAUUAUUAGAACUUUAAAAUGGAAAUCUUGAUUAAUUUUAUUCAAAAGAGAAUAAUUUAGAACUGUUAGCUUAAUUAUCAAAAACUAAAUAAGUGUCAUUUCAUGAGGAGGAAUAUACAAGAAAUAUUUAAUGUAAGAUUUUUUGUGGUUAAAAUGAUCAUGAAUAUUUAAUUAUAAUGGAUGAUAUUUCACUUUAAAGUUAUUUAUAAAAAUUAGAAACAAGAGAAAAAUUUUAAGUUAGAAUUAUUGAUUCUUUUUCUCAUGAAUUAAGAACUCCUCUUAAUAGUGCCAAAUUAUUUCUUGAUGGAUUAAUUAAUGAUCCUAGCAUAGAUGAAAAUCAUAAAUAUAAUUUUAUUUAUCCUGCUAUAAAUGCAUUAAAAUUAUAAGCAUAUUUAAUAAGAGAUAUAAUAGAUUUUACAUAAUUUCAUUCUCAGGUAAUCAGAUAUAAAUUUGAAGAGUUUAAUUUUGAAGAUAUUGUUGAAGAAGUAAAUUGUAUAUUUAGACCAAUUCUAUAAAUGAAAAAUCUUGGAUUACAUAUAAAUGUUAAAAAUUCAGUCCCUCCAUUGAUAUAUUCAGAUUUUGAUAGAAUUAUGUAGAUCUUAGUAAAUAUCCUCUCUAAUUCUAUUAAAUUUUCUGAAAGAGGAUUGAUUACCUUAGAAAUAUCAUGUUAUGAAAACACUUUAACAUUUUGUGUAAAAGAUUAAGGUGCUGGUAUAGAAAAUGAUUAAUUGGAGAAAAUUUAAGAAUUCUUAAAAUCUUUUAAUUUAAAUAGAGAUUUUUCAUGUCAUGAUGAAUGGUAAGGUUUAGGAUUACUUGUAAGUCAAAUGAAUUUAUUUAAAUUAGCCCCUUUAAAUAAAACUUAAUUAAGAAUACACUCUAAUGGUAAAGGAGAAGGAACUUAAAUUUCUUUUAAAAUCAGAACAACUCAAUCUUCUAAUACAUAAAUAUUAGGAGGUACUAUUAAAAGAUAAAGUUUAAGAACUGCAUACACAGUACCAGAUCUAUGUAUGGGGAUUUAAGGUCUAUUAAUUAUUAAUAAUCCAAAAUGCGAUAAUAUCAUAGUUGAUAAAUAAAUAUAAUAAAUUCCAAUUAGACAUCAUUCAUCAAUAGCUAAUUAUUUUAGACCUUAAUAAUCUACAGGACUGUUAAACUAGUAUGUAUAAUAAGAAACCGAUCUUCUCUAAGAUGAAAUCACUUUAAGAGGUCACCUUUAAGAUAAUUUACUUAAAUUAAAUGUAACUAACAAACCAUUUUCUAUUUUUAUAAAUAAUAAAGAUUCAAAAGAAAAAUAAAUUAAGAGAAGAAAAAAAUCUUCCUUUAGUAUUUCAGAAUUAGAUAUAGCAUAAAACAAUAGACCAAAUACAUUAAUUUCAAGAUUAAUUUAAAGAGAAGAAUAGGAAAUAGAAAUGGAAGAGAAGUUCGAGAAUUUAUAGUUUCCUUGUUAAUGCUCAAGAAUAUUAUCUGUAGAUGAUGAUCUUUUUAAUUAGAAAGCCUUAUAAGUCAUCAUAAGAUAAAUGGGUUUUAGAUUAUUAAUAGUAAUUUUUUUUUAAUUUUUAGGCAUAUAAUGGAUUUUAAGCUGUUGAAUUAAUUUAAAAUACUGAAAAGUGUUCUGAAUCGUGUAAAUUGUUUUAUUUUAUUUUAAUGGAUUGUUAAAUGCCGAUAAUGGAUGGAUGGACAACUACAAAAGUUUUAAUGGAUCUUAUAAGAGACAAAAUUGUGCCAGAUAUUCCAAUUAUAGGAUUAACUGCAUUUAAUUCUACAUAAGAUAUUAACAAAUGUUUAGAAGUUGGAAUGAGAGAUGUGUUGACAAAACCUUUAAAUAUAAAUUAGUUAAAGCAAGUUUUAAUAAAGUUAUUUAAUUGA